UACGCAACCCGAUUUCCGCUUCCCAACUAAAUACCGAUGACGAAAUUACCAAAAUCAGCCAAUCGAAAAGAGCCUCAUUUGCCGUACGUGUUACGUAGGCUACGGGUAGCCUUACUGCUAAAACUGCUAUCAGUAACAAGAUGGAUUCUCCCAUAUUGGAACCAUCCUUAUACACCGUCAAAGCAGUUCUGAUCCUGGACAACGAUGGAGACAGGCUUUAUGCCAAGUAUUAUGAUGACACAUACCCGACCGUGAAGGAGCAAAAGGCAUUUGAGAAGAACAUAUUCACUAAAACACACCGGACUGACAGUGAGAUUGCUUUACUUGAAGGCCUCACUGUUGUCUACAAGAGCAACAUAGACCUUUUUUUCUAUGUCAUUGGAAGCUCUCAUGAAAAUGAGCUUAUGCUCAUGGCUGUUCUGAACUGCCUUUUUGAUUCCCUCAGUCAGAUGCUACGGAAAAAUGUGGAGAGGAGGGCUUUGUUGGAGAACAUGGAGGGGCUCUUCUUGGCUGUGGAUGAGAUUGUAGAUGGGGGAGUAAUUCUGGAAAGUGACCCUCAACAAGUUGUGCAUCGGGUGGCUCUUAGAGGUGAUGAUGUGCCAUUGACAGAGCAGACAGUCACACAGGUUCUGCAGUCGGCCAAAGAACAGAUCAAGUGGUCACUUCUACGAUAGAGUCACUCGCCACCAGUGAACCCCUCUUCAGCCCACUCUUAAUGGCACUGAUUUUUUUUCCCCACCUCCUUUUUCCACUUUCCCAAUCUUAAAGCUGUGUGGAGUACCACUGGAACCUCCGGUCAUUCUCCCAGGACUUGUUUGAUGAAUUAAUUUUACAAUUUCUUGCUUCUGUUUCUACUUCUAUGUCUCUGUGAUCUACUUGAUUAACCAUCUGGUGUUCAUUCCAAUAUCCAGGCGCGGGCCUGUUGUGUUACACUCCUUUGGUAACCACAUGACCUGUCUGUUAAAUACCACAAUAGUUAGCUUGGCAAAACUGAAAACACGUUAACAUUCCUUGUAACUUUGUGAAGAAUUAUCUCCCAGUUGAUAACGACACCAUGCCUCCAUCUUUGGUUUGCUGUAUCCAGUAAUGUGUCUCUGUCUCUGUACUGUUCGUGUAUAUUGUGCUUCAGAAGUGUACAAUCAGUACUGUAGUCACACCACUGAUCACAUGUUCUUUAUGCCUUUUCUAUUUGGUCUGUGGAUCCUUUAAUCAUCAGAAACUGUUAAUAAAUGUUUUCUGACACGGUCAUGUGACCAGCUGUGAUGUGUCGGGCAGAGAA